UCCUAGUUCAUGCUUCAAGCACUGUGGUAUGUACGUUACACUGUAUUGCAAGGCGCCUAAAAGCGACACUUAAAACAAAGUUUAAAUUGUUUCAUAAAGCCAACAAAAUCACGGAGAUGGAUGAAAAGGAUGUCGAAAAAGGGGGAGUAGGCGCAAUGUCGAAAACAGAUCUGAGCUGGAUUCCUGGUUUUUUUAAAAAGAGAGUGUGUACAACAUUCGUGGAGGAUUCAUUUAGCAAUGGACGGUUAUGUCAGUGUGGGGUUGCACGAGAUGCACACCAAUCUGUGGCCCUGGGUGAUUACUUUAGCACAGCCAUUGUCAGUCUGUGGGACAGUGCACAGCACUCCUCAGAGCAGCCCACAGAUGCCUACGGAGAGCUGGAGUUUGCUGGAGUUGGCAAGAGGCACAGUUCUUUUUUGCGUCUCUCUAGCAGCACAGAUCCUUCCAGAGUCUAUGAUAUUAUGACAACCCACUGGAAACUGACGCAGCCCAACCUUGUGGUAUCAGUGUUUGGUGGUGAAGGGAGGUCAAAGGUCACUGGCUGGGUGCGAGAUGUGCUCAAGCAGGGACUGGUUAAAGCUGCACAGAGUACAGGAGCAUGGAUCAUAACAAGUGGAUUGAGGGAAGGCAUUGGCAGAUAUGUUGGGCAGGCUGUGGGGGAUCAUGCCACUGCAGUGUCAUCUGUGGCGCUGAAUAAAGUGGUUCUUAUAGGCAUUUCUCCUUGGGGCCUGGUACAAAAUCGUCAACAGCUUGUAAAUGCUGAGGGAAGUUUCCCUGCAAAGUAUUAUGUCUCAAACGCAUCUCGUGACUUUUGCUAUUUGGAUAAUAACUACAAGGCCUUCCUCCUGGUUGAUGACGGCAGCUUGGGGCGUAAAGGUGGUGAGGUCAGCUUCAGAGUUCGUCUGGAUGACUACAUUUCCCGUCAGCGUUCAGGCAGUGGAAGCAUUGAUGUUCCUGUUCUGUGUAUGCUGAUAUCUGGGGAAGCCGCCAUGCUAGAGGCAUUAGAUCUCUCAGUGAAGAAUGCAAUGCCAUGGUUGGUCCUGGCUGGUUCAGGGGGAAUUGCCAAUCUUGUGAGUGACAUUGUGGAAAAUGUACAGUCUGCUCCAAAGCCUCCACCUGAAGGAGCAGAGGAGGAAGUCACGCCUAACAUGGAACUUCGAGAACGAAUGGCUGAGAUAUUAAAGAUGCAUUUUCCUUCAGAACGGGAGACAGACAAACUUGUUGACAAGCUUUUAAGCAUUUACCAGAACAAAGACCUCAUCUUCAUAUAUCAUGCAGAGCAGGAAGGAGUGGAUGAUUUUGACACUGUGUUACUUAAAACUCUUGUUCAAGCGAGUAAGCAUCGUGUCUCUGGGGCUACUAAUCCAUAUGCUGAUGAGUUGAGAUUGGCUGUAACCUGGAACAGAGUGGAUAUUGCCAAGAGUGAACUCUUCAAUGGAAACAUUCAGUGGAAGUAUCAAGACCUGGAAGAUUCCAUAACUGAUGCUUUACAGAACAAUAAACCACAGUUUUUACGCCUCUUCAUUGAUAAUGGUCUGAACAUUUUGGAUUACAUGAGUUACGGCCGAUUGGAGGACCUUUACAACUCCAUCCCUGAAAACUGCUUGGCCAACUCACUACUUCAACAUCUCCUAGGGGUCCGUCAGAAUGAGGCUAACACCAAACAGCCAAUAAAAAUCAGCCUUUACGAGGUGUCUCACCUGCUGGAGAAUCUGUUAGGGGAGGUAUGCCUGCCUUUCUAUACUUCUGUACUCAAACUGGACACACGGUACUCCAAAAGAAAAGCUUUUAAGAAAGCAUGCGAGGUCCUGCAGGGGCCUUGCGAAUAUCGGGUAGAAAGGUGUAGUCACACCUGGUUGAGUCUAUUUAUCUGGGCUGUGCUGCAGAACCGCAGUGAAAUGGCCAUCUUUUUCUGGGAGAUGUGUGGAGAGUCUGUUUUGACGGCUUUGGGAGGUUGCAAACUCUUGAGAGAGCUGUCUAAAUUAGAGAAUGAGACAGAAGCAAAGCUUUCCAUAAGGGAUUUGGCUCUGAAGUUUGAGUAUAUGGCUCAUGACGUGUUUAGCACAUGCUACCAAACCAAAGCAAGCUAUUCCUUUAAGCUUUUGAUCCGGAAGUCUAAGGUGUGGGGUAAUGCUACCUGUCUGAAGAUGGCCAUGGCAGCAGAUGCCCGCCUUUUCUUCAGCCAUGAUGGAGUGCAGUCCCUGUUAUCUCAGAUCUGGUGGGGUGAUAUGGAAAGAGGCACUGCAGCGUGGAAAGUCAUCCUGACUAUGUUAAUUCCUCCUCUUUGCUGCACCAAUCUCAUUGAAUUCAGGAAAGUGGAGAAUGUGGAAGAGGUGAAAUCAUCACAGGUGUCCAAUCCAGCUUCAGAAGCAGACUGCCACUAUGGAGAGACUGUCUUCUCUUUCUCUGAUAUAAAACACCAUGAUGCUGAGCAAGAGGACUCAAAUAUCAGACCUCCAACAAAAGGUACAAUGAUCCAUCGCAAAAAGCAGCCCUUUGUAAUUACUCGUUGGAAGAAGUUCUGGUAUGCCCCCGUCACCGCCUUUCUCGGCAAUCUUCUGAUGUACUUCAUAUUUUUGGUCCUGUAUGCCUACGUAUUACUGGUUGACUUUAAGCCCCCUCCUCCUGAAGGCCCUGCGGCCUCAGAGUAUGUGCUCUAUUUCUGGGUUUUCACAAUCGUGUGUGAAGAGAUUCGAGAGACAUUAAUUGUAGGAAGCAAGACAGUUGCCCAGAGGUUGUUGCUGUAUUUCCAAGAUGUCUGGAAUAAGUUUGAUAUCCUUGCCAUCUCCCUCUUCAUUGUUGGUUUGUGCUGCAGAAUGUUUAAUUGGUCGUUCAGCAUAGGACGUGGCAUAUUGUGUAUGGACUACAUGGUGUUUACGCUCAGACUGAUUCACAUUUUCACCGUUCACAGACAGCUGGGCCCCAAAAUCAUUAUACUGGGCAAAAUGAUAAAGGAUGCAUUCUUUUUCUUAUUCUUUCUGGGACUGUGGCUAAUUGCAUACGGAGUGGCAAAUCAAGCUCUACUUUAUACAUAUGACCCAAGCCCUGAUCGGUUGUUUCGACGAGUAUUGUACAGACCGUAUUUGCAUAUAUUUGGACAGAUUCCUGUAGAGGAAAUAGACACUGGCAAGUCUUGGGACAGAGACUGCACAGAUAAUUUGACAUUGAUUGAUGGGGGGGAAGAGCCAUGCAGAGAUACCACCCACAACUGGCUUGUGGUAAUUUUGCUGGUUGUUUUUCUACUUGUUACCAACAUCCUCCUUGUAAACCUACUCAUCGCCACAUUUAGCUAUACCUUCUCUAAAGUUCAAGAGCGCAGUGACACAUACUGGAAGUUUCAGCGCUAUAAUCUGAUAGUGGAGUAUCAUUCACGUCCAACUCUGGCUCCACCCUUUAUCAUCCUGUCCCACAUCAAUCUUUUGAUCAAAAGACGGCUCCGCAAAGUCCCAUCUACAAAAAUUCAGCAUUUUGCACUGGACAUAAAUCCUAAAACUGCUAACAAGUUGAAAAAAUGGGAGGCUUUGCAGAAAGAUAACUUCCUAUCUGUCGAGAGUAAAAAACUAAGAGGGACUGACACCGAAAGGCUGAAGCGAAUUAAUGCCAAAGUGGAUGGUGUUGUUAAACAGGUUGCAGAGAUCAGAAAUGUGGAUCGCAGAUUAAGAGCACUAGAGACAGAGAUGGAGUUUUGUACAUCUUCUCUUCAAUGGAUUAUGGAAGCUCUAUCUCAAAGCAGUGUUGUAAAGACCAGCAAAGUACACCCUUCCCGCAAAGCCAUCAUUUCAACCUCUCUUGAGAAAUGAACAAGAGUUUUGUUUCCUGGAUGUGGUUCAUCAUGAUUUGGUUCCUCACUCCUAAAGGAUACUUUACAAAAAUACAACAAACAAAGAGUCAAUGAGAAAAGGACUGAUUCCAUUGGAUUUGGACUUUUAUUAUAGUUCAUUGUUUGCUCCCUUUCGUUUAGUAAUCUCUUUUUACCAGCUAUUUCAGUUAUGCUAUUGAUUUGUUGAAUGACAAAUCAAAUGCAUAGAUCUCUUUUACCAAAACAUAACAAAAGUUCUAAUGGAUUUAUAAUGGUAUUUGUAUUGGUUUUAUUUGAAAUUGUAAAUGGUAAUGUUUUUUGUUCUAUAGUACAUUAUAGUAUUUGUAAUGAAAACCAUUAGGAUUUGUAUUGGGGUUUUUUUAGGUACAGUGAAUUAUUAAAUGUCUUAAGUGUGAAUGUAAAAACGGGAAAAUAUUUACAUGUAAUUAGUAAAAUAUCUUGUGAGUGUUAAGUUUACAUUUGAAAGUUCUAACAUGACUAUGGUGGCAUGUUAAUAACUUUCAUGCAUUUAGACACAUUUUGUUUAGGGUGAGAUUUUGGGGUGUCAACAUUUUAGGUCUUCUUGAUUUGCCCAUUCAUUUGUAUUUAGCUACAAAUAUUUUUCUAUACAUUUAUGUUUACGUCAUAUACAUCUGGAAUCAUCGUAAAUUGUUUGUUUUUAAACCACGGGUCUUUUAAAUGCUUUAUUCUGAUUGAUUGAGAAAUGUUCCACGGGUGUUGAUUAUUUUUCUGUAAAAUGCACACCUAACCUGCCAAAUGUCUUAAAAUAACCAUCAGAGCAAUGUUUAUGGUAAUCGUGGAAUAAUUGACGAUGGCCCGUUGAUUUAUUAUUUUUUUAAAUAAUGCACACCCAACGUGGUAAUGCGGCACUAUGUGUUAUACAGUGGGUGUGCAUUAUUUUCAUUAUUAUUUGUUUGAAUUAUUUUGAAACAUUAUUCCAUAAAUUGCUUAUAUAAAAAUGUGUUUGGCAAUUAAUGUUACAGUAUAUAUUUAAUAAGCCUUCAUCUCUCUAAAUAGUGUUUUCCUUCAACAGUUUUUAUUAAAUGGGUAUGCUAUAGUGCAUCAUAGGUCAAAAAUCUUAUUUUUAUGCACUUAAAUAUAGAACAAAGUUUGUUAUACUGCAAUGCAUGUUUACAUUCAAAUGUAGCUUUGUUUUUUUCACGUUUUAUCACAUAUCAUGUAAUUUAUAACAAAAUGCAAGUUUUCUUAUUGUCUUUUCAUUUUGCCUUAUUGCAUUUACUGGUUUCUUAAUUUUAAUAGAUUUUGUUUGCUUUACUUAUAGAAAUACAGGACUGGUUUCAGAAACAGUUUCAGAUUUAGCGAGGAAUUAGGUUUAAUUAAAUUAGAACAUUUAAAACAGAAAUAAACAUUAUUGGUGUGCUGCAUCUAGUGCACUGGGGUGCAAGACAAAACAAUGGUACUGAUAUGUUUUAAGAUGUCAGUGCAAGUUGUUUUAGUUAAAUCAGCUAAAACAUGCAAGGCUUACAUUCUUAAAAAUAAAGGUGCUUUAAAAGUUUUUCACAACAAUGUCUUGUGAAUCUAAGGUGAAGUCCUUGUCAGGUUUAUUGUCAAGUUUUGUUUAACCUGUUUAGUUUUGUUUUAAUCUUGCAUUUAUUUGUCAAUAAAAGUGUCUGUGUCUCACCCA